ACGUAUUCAUGGGGGUGUGAGUGUGGUGUUGCGUGUGUAAUGGUGUGUGCACGUGUACGCGUACAUCUACUGCGUAAUUAAAAUAACAAAAGGGUUGAAAAUAAUAAAAAAAACCACUGGGUCUGCCGUUCUUUAGUCUGACUCGAAUAGACAGGCUCGAGCCGAAACCUCAAACCUCGGUCGAAUCGAACCCAGAAAAAGUCCAAAAAGAACCGGCGACACACGACCCACACACAGUACGCGCACCUGUUCCGCCCCUCUUCCUUCCGCCUCCCGCCCGCCACUCGGAUUUCGGGGAGCACACGAUGCAAAAAAAGCAUUUUCUCACAUUUCUUCCUCCUCUUCUGCCCUGACGUUAACGACUCGCGAUUCGCUAAGCUCCUCCUCGUCUCUCUUCCCCCUCGAUUUCUUCUCCCCGGGGGCUUAGAUCUAGAGAGAACCCCGCCGAUGCUCCCGAUGGUGAUGCUCCAGGGCGGCGGCGGCGCCGCCUCGUCGUCGUCGUCGAAGCGGCGGAACCAGCAGCGCAGGCAGCGGCGGAAGCGCGCCGCCGCGGGGAAGAAGCAGGGAGGAUCCCCUGCCUCAGAAAAUAAUGGAGAGGAGCAUGCUGAUGCUCAAGGAUGCUUACCUGACAUCUCUACUAGCAAGUCUGAAAAUUACAAGGAACGUGCCUUUUCAACUCAAGGAGAUUUGCCCCAGAAAGCAGGUUGUGAUUUGGAAGCAAAUUUGUGCGCAGAAUCAGUGCAAAGUUCGUCCAGUCAGUUGGUGCAUUCAAAUGAGAAUAGCAAUCCAAAGCGUCCAGAAGUGAAGAAUGCUAACUCAGCAGGGAAUUCAGAACAUUGCAUGCUCGACACCAGGAAAACUACAGAUCAUGAUACAUCUUCCAUGCCACUUCAAGAUUCUAGGUUUGAUGCAAAUGUCAGGAUCGACGGCCUACACUCCACAACUGAAGAGAGAGUUUGUCAAAGCACAGUCGGUGAUGGUUUUACCGGCAUGUCAAAUGCUAGUUACAACCCUUACAGUGUACAGGAGAACCAGAGGAUAGGACCUUUUAUGAGAGAACCUUAUACCCUGCACAGCCAUUUUCUGCAUCCAUCACAUGUUAGGGGUUACAUAGGCAACAAGUUUAUGGGUUUUCCUCCUGUACACCCAAUGAAUGCAUUCGAUCCAUUCAAUCAAGGUUUUAACUUCUUCCAUACAGGAAAUAUCCCUCCUUACGGUGUAUCAGAUGUUCAUCGUGGUCUAAACAUUUAUGGAUUAAGUACCAUGGGGAAAUGGGAAUAUGAUUAUGGAAGACAUAUGGAUUAUACCAAUGUAGAGAGAAAUGAACUGCGCAUGACAGAAGAAGCUUACUUAUCAACACACAAUAGUGCUAACUUCAUAAGGCCUUCAAGUUUACCUCUGACAUAUCAGCAAAAGCCUCCAAUCACCUUGUUACCAAGAGUAUCCUUGACAGGGUUUCGGAAGAAAAAACUUCUUAUUCUAGAUCUUAAUGGUUUGCUUGCGGACAUCAACCAAGAUUACCACAAUUCCCAUAUGGCUGAUGCAAAGGUUCGAGGCAAACUAGUCUUCCGAAGACCUUACUGCCACGAUUUUCUUAGUUUUUGCUUACAAAAUUUUGAGCUAGGCAUAUGGUCCUCAAGAAAAAAGCAGAAUGUUGAUUCAGUCAUUGAUAUCAUCAUGAGAGAUUUCAGACCUUUGCUAAAAUUUUGUUGGGACAUGUCUAAAUGCACAUUUACUGGACACAAAACAUUGGAGAACAUUCACAAACCAUUGGUACUGAAGGAAUUGAGGAAACUGUGGAACAAGGAAGAACCUGAUCUACCGUGGGAGCAGGGGUACUAUUCGCCUUCUAAUACGUUACUUGUGGAUGAUUCUCCUUACAAGGCACUGCGUAAUCCGCCAUAUACUGCCAUUUUCCCUCAACCCUACAGUUAUCUUAACAGCAACGAUAAUUCAUUGGGCCCUGGUGGAGAUCUUCGUGUUUAUCUAGAGAACCAUAAAUAAUAAAAAAAAGAGCAAUACAAGAUGGCUCGGUUCAGCGGGAAAAUCGGCAUACAAAUCAAUCCCAGAGGAGUAGAUCCAGAGAGACCUGUGAUUUGGUCUGUUGAGCUUGAAUAUGCCAUCGCAUCGCUUGCAUAAUAGAACAGAGUGAAAAAAAAAAGAUCACAAUAGAAAUUGCAGGAUGUAGCAAAAAUUCAAGUCCUCACUGCCAUUGCAUCGCUUGCAUAAUAGAACAAAACAGCCGUGAAAAAAAAGAUCAAAAUGAAACAAAAGAACUCGCAGGAUGUAGCAAAAAGUGCAGAAGAAUAAGCAGAUCUGGCUGUGCUAGGAAAAGCGUCUACAGGGGAGGAAAGAGGAGAUUUGCUGCAGCAGUGGCACUACCUUUCAAGCCUGGCAGGGCGAAAGCUCUUAGGCGGCAACUGAGAAUGUCAUGAGAAAAAACCUUGAUUAUAGCAUCAUUUGCAAUGCAGAACACUUACA